UAGAGAGUAAGUAAACUAGGACUCGAUCUUCCACUACCAUGUUGAGCGGCCACCAGCCAGAAAAGGACCCCUUACUCAUUCUCCAUUCCACCACAGAGGAAGGCAAAGCAUCAUCAUCAAAACGCUCUUAUGACGACACCAUUGAGCGUUGCAUCGGAAAGUUUGGGUGGGCCCAGUUCCUGCAAGUCAUCCUCGCUUCUCUGGCAUGGGCUUUUGACGCCCAGCAGACCUUCAUCACUAUCUUCACGGACCUCGUCCCCACGUGGCACUGUGACACUUCAUAUGCAUCAUCUCACUGCAGCCAUGAUGGUACGCUGCAGGUAGCCGAGGUCUGUGCCCUCCCGAAGGAUGCAUGGGCGUGGGACACACCGGCACGUACACGCAUCAGUUGUGUCUGAGUGGUCCCUAGAAUGUGCCAGCCCAUUCGUGACCGGGCUGCCUGCAGCUUCGUUCUUCAUAGGCUGCCUAGUUGGCGGGCUCUUGCUUUCCACAUUCGCUGACUCAUCCUUCGGCCGGAAGAAAAUGCUCGCCUUCUCAUGCUUACUCAUGAAUGUCGCGAGCAUCCUCACAGCGACCUCCACGAACGUGUGGGCUUGCUAACUCAUUCUGGAAGUUCUUGACUGGGUUCGCACGUGCCACCAUUGGAACAUGUGCGCUCGUUUUGUCGACUGAGAUCGUCGGCAGGCGGUUGCGGGGGCAGGUUGGGAUCAUGGGAUUUGUAUGCUUCUCUCUUGGAUUCCUCUCUUUACCCGCAAUAGCAUACCUGAACUCCGAGUCUUCCUGGAGAUAUCUCUACCACUGGACAGGCAUCCCCGGGAUCAUACACUCACUUCUAGUUUUCUUCUUUGUUCAUAAAUCUCCUAGGUGGCUUUAUGUUCGAGGACUAACUAAAGAUUUUGUCCAAACAAUCCGAAACAUCGCCCCGCCAGACACGCGCAGCUUAAUAACCUGCAGCUUCUUCGGCUCGUUCAUUCAAGACCAUGAAUUAACGCCUGACCUGCAUGAUGAUAACCACAACCGCAUGGGUUUGUGUUAGAAAAUAGAAGAGGUUGUUGGUUGUAUGAGUAGAAUAAGUGAUUUUAGAGAGGUGUAAUGUAGAUGAUGUGUUUUAGAGGAGAGCUCUUGUCUCUAGAUAAGUAGUAUUGUAUUGAUGUUUCUUGGUUUUUGCUUGCUUUGAAAAUGAGUACAAUGAGUCCUAUUUAUAGGAGCUAGAGGAUCAUUCUAGAUCCUUAUUAAAUGUUAUGAUUCUAGAGUAUUCUACAUCUAUGUCUAAUUACUCUAGAUUUUACAUAAGAAUUCUCUAGUAGAGAAUUUUCUAGAA